AUGACUACUUCUGCUUCUACUCCUACUUUAUCAGACUCCAUACAUCUAAAACAACCAGAUAGCGUACUAUCUCCUCCCCCUCAAAAAUCUCCUAAUCAUUUAUCAUUAAGAUUCAUAUCAUUAAUCUCUCGAAAUGAUAAACCACUCUAUAUUCAAUCGUUUAAUCAUGAUGAUACAAGUUCGGAUAACUUCUUGAAAUAUAAUUUCUUAUCUCAUAUGGCAUUAGAUAUCUUUGCCUCUCCCUCCUCGUUAAAUCUUCGUGAACAACAAUAUCUUCAUUAUAUAAAUCAUCAUCCUCAUCAACCACCACCACCAUCAUCACCACAAGGACAAACUGUAUCACCCGCCAAUGGAGGAAUAAUCCUUCUAUUCAUUCAGGAUUCUAUCCAAGUAUACGGAUAUGAAACUAACAAUGGAUUGAAAAUCAUCAUUGGAAUCUCAAAUACUAGUACUACUCAUUCCAAGAUUAAUUUCCAAGAUAUUAAUAUCUUAUUUAAAAAUGUUUAUAAAUGUUAUUUAAGAUUGAUAUGUAAUCCAUUCAAUAAUUCAUUAGUGAAUAAUUUGAAUGGGGGUACCUCUCAUAAUGAUGAUAAUCUGACUGGUGAUCAAAUUAUAGAGAAUGUUACAUUUGAUAAUAAUAUUAAAAAAAUCGUAUCAAAUUGGGUAUAA